GAUUGCCACAACCGAUAUUCUUUAGCUUCACAUUUGUGGGAAAUAUACAGUCACAAUUCGAUGGAUGCUUAUCAAAAUCUACACGUUCCAAGUUACAUAAGGGACGACAACCUCAGUGAAGAAUGCAAGAAUCUGAUCUCUUCCCUUCCAAAGGACAAGGAUCUCAUGGGAAUCACUCUCUGCAACUACAAAGGCUUUUGGUACUAUCCCAACACACUUCAAGCUAUUCUUGACGUCGAGAAAAACUUUCGUCCUCGGGACACCGACAUAAUCGUAGCCUCCUUCCCCAAAUCGGGCACGACUUGGCUCAAGGCCCUAGUUUUUGCACUUGUCCAAAGAGGUAAAUACCGUGCAAACCCUAAAGGCCAUCCUCUUCUGCACGAAAAUCCUCAUGACCUUGUACCCUUCGUGGAUAUUGAUCUAUAUUACAACGGGCAGAUCCCGGAUCUAACUAAAUUUCCAAACCAUAGUCUCUUCGGAACCCACAUGCCAAUGAGUCUAUUGCUCGAAACAGUGAAGGGGGUUUCUUGCAAAAUCGUGUAUAUUUGUAGGAAUAUGAAAGAUGUGAUGGUGUCAAACUGGCGUUUCAGAGGAAUGUUGCACCACAAAGACAUGCAUGGUGACACUCUCGACGCAAUGUUCGAUUCAUAUCGUAGAGGAGUUCACUUCUAUGGACCCUUUUGGGACAAUGUCUUGGGCUAUUGGAAACAAAGUCUAGAAAAUCCAAAGCAAGUGCUUUUCAUGAGGUAUGAGGAAAUAAAAGAGAACCCUAAAGCGCAGUUGAAGAGAUUGGCCGAGUUCUUGGGUUGUCCAUUCUCGGAGGAAGAAGAGGAGAGUGGAACAAUGGACGAGAUCUUAGAGUUGUGCAGUCUGCGUAACUUGAGAGAUCUAGAGGCCAACAGACACGGGAAAAAAACACGUUUCGAUGCAGAUUGCAGUGUGUUUUUUCGGAAAGGAGAAGCGGGAGACUGGAAGAAUCAUCUCACUCAUGACAUGGGGAGAGAACUCGACGAGAUCGUUAAAGAGAAACUGCAAGGUUCAGGUUUGAAGUUUUAGUAACUUGUGUGGUUAAUUACAUUAAUCAUACUUCUCGUCAUGUUGCUUCGAAACCUUUUAAAUAAACUAUCAUUCUCUAUGUAAUGAUGAAAGUAUCAUGUAUUAACAUAUUAAAGUAAUGAAAUACGUUUGAUGUAUUGAUA